AGGUGACUCGGCUGGUUGUGCCAGCUGCUAGCCACCCAUCCACCCACCCACGCAGACACAUGUCGAAACACUCGGCCUCGAUAAAGCUUCUCCAUGUCUCACGGGCCACGGCUGACGCCUGCGACCUGCGACUUGGCCUCCCUGGAUGCCGCAAUCACAUGCAGUUGCAUGGCCGAUCAAAGGGUCCAGUGGAUAGAUAGAUGGUCGGUCGUCAUCUCUAGCCUGCGGGGGCCUGUCACGAGCACGCAGCGAACCAAGAAUGCCUACACCCAGGCGCAAGUGCACUCUACUGCUACUAGCAGAUACUAUAGGUGUAGAGUCGGCAGGUCCUUUUUGCCAGACUACACCAUGUUCAUAUAUGUACCUUGCCACCGAGUCGCCGUGGAACAAUACUUGCCGGCCCGACAUGUGUCUCUGGCACUAUGCACGCCAUGAGUACUCACUGGGGACUGGGGGGUCAGCCGAGUUGCCCUUGCACUGGAAUAAGCCCGGCCCAGCGAAACCCUCCGUGGCCACCCUGCUGAUGCGGAUCCGGAAUCUGGGUUGGGACACAAUACUCCGAGGACAGUAUAUUGUAGUCUGUAGUAGUGGUCGUACUGUGCAUGUAGUACUACUAGUAGUAGUAUGUAGUAGCAGACCUGCGGACGGCUGACCCACAGCCCACGGGGCCCCCCUUUUCGCCUAGCGUCACCCACAGCAUUUGCUCAAAACAUUUGUUUCAAUCAGC